AUAAGUAUGGGACGCUGUCAGGAUCCGGAUCCUGAGGUCGAGGUGGUACCCCGGGACCCCAUGGCCUGGCUUCGUAGCUACCUGCAUGGAGGGACCUCCAGCUUGUUCUCCACGCUCACCACCAUGGUCACCUUCCCAGUCUACAAGACAGUGUUUAGUCAGCAGCUGCACAACAACCUUGUCCGCCAGGCUGUGAAGCAACUUUAUAGGGAAGGACCUAGGAAACUCUACAGAGGUAUAAUACCGCCUCUAGUGAUGAAGACUCUGAAUGGUACUUUGCUGUUUGGUCUCCAGAACACCAUCCUCCAUCAGCUCUCCUCCCCAUCCUCUACCUCCCUCAUCCCUCUAUCCGGCUUCUCGGCAUUGGCGGGGCUGGGUGCAGGUGGGGUGGAAGCCAUCGUAUUUACACCAUUUGAGCGUGUGCAGAACGUUUUGCAGAAUAGUCAGAACGACCGGUACCUCCCCACACUAAGGAGUGUGCUGGCAAGGCUGGCCAACGAAAGGCCGGGCAUCGGGCUCUACUGUGCCUUCCUUCCUACCCUGGUACGCAACGCCCUGGGGAGUAGUCUGUACUUUGGCCUGAAGGACCCACUGAGGGCAGCUAUGGCAGAUCAGGGCUUCUCUCCUUUAGCCUCCUCCUUUGUGUCUGGAAUGGUGAACUCUAUGGCCAUAAGUUUGCCCCUAUACCCUCUUUCUGUGUUGAUAGCUAACAUGCAGGCAAGGGUGGGAAAAGAGACAGUAGCAGGAGCGAUGGAGACAUGGAACGCUCUGUGGGAGUCUCGCCAACGGAGUGUAACUCUACUCUACCGAGGAGGUCUGGUUAUUGUGCGGUCUUGUCUUACCUGGGGCAUUACCACAGCGGUCUAUGACCAGCUGGCCCAGCAUGCCUGCUAAAAUCAUGUCCACUGCAGACUUAGGUUGAAAUACAUUCUGGAAUCAUUUUAUGUUUUUAUCAGUGACUGUCUGGCAUAACAAAACAGUGGGUUACAAAUGCAAAUACCACAUUCUAGGUAAAAUCAAACAAAUGCUUUUGAAUUGUAAAUACAUUUUAUAAAGUAUCAAUCCAGGUCUACCUCUUCUCCUCCGGUAGUAAAGGUAACUUCAGAUUUACCCUGCUGACCCUAAGGAACCAACAAAUCUGACUACUAGAGUAGCAGUCCAAUCAUUAGUGUUGGUUCGACCUUAAAUAUUUAUUGUGUUUACUACAGUCCUGCUGCCCAUAGAUAUUGGAUUUAAUUUUACUGUCAAACCUUUUGAUUUCAGUUGCUGUCAGGAUGUGAAGUUUAUUUCAGCAAAUAUGACAAGGUCAGUUGCUUUUAAGGUCAGUUGGUGAUUUGGGGGCUUUUCAGUAACAUGCAGAGCUACCUGCCUCAAGCAAAUUAUACUCGAAACAACUUUUUCUUAUAAUACUUUCACAUGAAUCUUUACUGCCAUCACGUUUGCCUUUGAGGACAAUGAGGGAAAGAGGAAAGUGAUUGACACAGUGAGUGAGUUUUUGUCAAGGAAGCAGAUCGAGUAUCUCAAGAGGCUAUAGUCUGUUGCUGUUAAGGAGCUCAUGGAGGUGUACAAAAUAGAAUGAAACAAUUCAGAAAGGCAUGCUGGAAAGUGUAUGCCUACCACAAUAUACCUCUCUCUUCUGUCUCAUGAGGAAGAUACUUGAAUUUUCUGCAGGGUCUUGUUUGUGUGUGUUGUUGUUUAUGUGCCUGAAGUUAUAAUACUGCAACCACUGAUUGGACAGUAAUACAACAAUAAUAAA